ACACGUGAGUAAACUAAACCCUUCUUCCUCUUUCGCAUUGUGACUCGUGAAGCAUUUUUUUUCUUUUUCUGUCACAGUCCUCCUCCCAAUCCCCAAAUCACCCCUCCUCUCGUCGAAACUCUCCGACCCCAUCUCCGAAUUCGCCUCCGGCAUCGUACCAUGUAACGCCUCGCCGGUACAGUUCAGUUUCUUUCCUCCCCUAACCCUAAUCUUCGCGUUUUCUAAUUUUCGCGCAGUUCUCUCUGUAACACAUCCGCGAUUCGCUUCUUCUUCCGUACAUGGCUCAACCAGACACUCUCACUAUCACUCCCACCAGUUCUAAGGAUGAAAGGGAAUCCUUGAAGAAUGACACUCCAAUUGACAACAAUGCUUGUAAUAAUUCUACAGAUGAAAGGGAAUCCUUGAAGAAUGACACUCCAAUUGACAACAAUGCUUGUAAUAAUUCUACAGAUGAAAGGGAAUCCUUGAAGAAUGACACUCCAAUUGACAACAAUGCUUGUAAUAAUUCUACAGAUGAAAGGGAAUCCUUGAAGAAUGACACUCCAAUUGACAACAAUGCUUGUAAUAAUUCUACAGAUGAAAGGGAAUCCUUGAAGAAUGACACUCCAGUUGACAACAAUGCUUUUAAUAAUUCUACGGAUGAAAGGGAAUCCUUGAAGAAUGACACUCCAAUUGACAGCAAUGCUUGUAAGGAUGUGACAAAGGAGAAAACCUUUGAUCUUCAACCAGUGUCACCUUUUUCUUCUGGUGUAGGUUUGCCAUAUGCACCUGAAGGGUGGCCUAAUCCUGGUGAUGUAUGGGGCUGGAAAGUGGCAAAAAGGAUGAACAAUUCUGGAUAUUUUACUGAUAGAUUCCUUACUCUUCCAAGAUCUCUUGAGAAGUCUCGUCGCAAGGCAGAGUUUCGAAGCAAGGCUGAUAUUAGUAGAUAUCUUCAAUCAAAUUAUCCUGACAUGAAAAUUGAAGCAUUCUUUGCUUUAUUUAGCUGGCAGAUUCCCUCAACUCAGCAAACCCCUACAAAAGCUAUAGAAUCACUAGAGACUGGAGAAGAUGCCACAGAUGAAAUUGGCACCCCAAGAAAGAAGUUAAAACAAGAAACAGGAAGCCUGAGUGUCCCCACUCACAAAUCUCUAGCACUAUUAGCUCUACCAUCAUCGGAGGCUGGAGAAGAUGCGACAGAUGAGAUUGGCACCCUGGGAAAGAAGUUAAAACGAAAAACACGAAGUGUCGGUCGCCCCCCGAAGAAGUCUUUUGGACUAGUUCAGGGUCGACCCCAUUUAACACCUGAUCAAGUUGUGAAUUUGGAUGACUAUCUAGAUACCUUGGAGGACAUGCUUGUUAUGCCUGAAAUUGAGACUACACCAUCGGAUCAUCUGACUCCUCCUACCGUUUUGGAUGAUAAUGAAAUGAUUGAGAGCUGCAAGAAGAAGCUUUCUUCCCUUCUUGCUAUAGAUUUUCCUUCUUUGGUCUCUCGUAGUGAUGUUGCAGAAGUUGCAACCCUUGCAGCACAUAUUCGCGAAGAUCCUAGUCUUAGUGUUGAUCAACUGUUUAAGUUGAAGUUGGUGGAACAAGUUCCGUUAGCUGGUGAGGCUUUCGUGGAGGCUAAGGAAAACAUUGAGGAGGUAAACAAUUUUUUAGCUGACCUAGAGGCAAAGAAACUUAAAGUUCCUAGUCUCAAAAAAGAGUACAACGAAUUAAAGGACAAAAUAGGCCAGCAAGAGGCUGAAAUCGACAUAAGCACUCUAACUAUUCGAGAAAUUGAUGAUCAAAUUCGGCAACUUAAAGCGAAACGGAACCGGAUAAGUAAUGGCCUUGAAACCAUGAAGAAGACUAAAGCUGAGCUGACUUCUGAGCUAACAAAUGUUGCCAACUCAAUUUCAACCAUUGGUCAUGAGAUUAAACAUGGAUUAUCCCAAAAGUCAAAAUUGGAGCUGAAGAAAGCAAACAAUAUCCGGCGUGUAGCCGAGAUACAAGAAAAGUUCAUCACUUUAAGAGGGUUAACAUUUUAGUCAAACUCGUCUAGAUGUUCUCAUUUUCACAAAAACACUUUUGGAUAGCUAUAGCUAGCUAUGCCGCCGUAAGUGAUUUAUAAUGUUUUUAUCUAUGUUUCUAACUAAUGGGUCUGCAUCUGUGGAAGUUGUGCUAUAUAACAUUGAGACUUAGUUACUUUGCGCGUAAUUAUGUUAUUAUUAAAAUUUGCAAAAUGACCUGUUUUGCAGUCA